UUACUAUUCUUUUCCUCGGUCAUUUCAUUUUUAACCAGUAGAACUUUUGGUUCAGCGCUGCUCAAAAUAAAAAGAUUUGAUUAACUCGACCAAAGAUUUUACAUAAAUAUGGCUGGUACUAAUAAGGAUAUCGAGAAGCCACAAGGUCCAGAUGCUGCAUCAGUACAUCGCAUCCGUAUCACUUUAACUUCCAGGAAUGUACGUUCUUUGGAAAAUGUGUGCCGUGAUUUAAUCAAUGGCGCCAAAAACCAGAACUUGCGCGUUAAGGGCCCAGUACGCAUGCCAACUAAAACUUUACGUAUUACAACCCGUAAAACACCUUGUGGUGAAGGUUCAAAGACUUGGGAUCGUUUCCAGGUAAGAUGACUGACUUUCAAUAAAAUCGGCAAAUCGAAUAUCGCGCUCAUAGUGACGCCAAUAUCUGUGCAGUAUUCAAUGAUUUGCCAAGAUUAAACGAACUCUCAUAGUCCACUUUGA